AGAGAAACCCUAGCUCCGUCUUCAUCUUCAUAUUCAACUUCAUCAAGCAGUGCCAUUCGGGCACCGCCCGAAGACGCUUGGGUGGAUGCACACCAAAGACUGCUCCCCCAAUGGCAAUCUCUUACUCUCUCUCCCCAGUCAAUCAUCCCUAUUUCAAUAUCUAGAGUUAAUCAAGCUGACGCACAGCGACUUGACAUUGAAAUGUCAGCCAUGUUGAAAGAACAGUUGGUUAAGGUUUUUUCUUUAAUGACGGUAUAUAUGCGUCUUCUGGCUUAUUUGUUUGAAGAGAUUAAUAGUAUAGAUAAUAUUGGAUUUAAUUUCUUCUUCCAUUUCUUUGGGAAUUAUGAACCUGAACUUGAUGCUUUCCUUGAGUUUCUUAUUUGGAGAUUCUCCAUUUGGGUUGAUAAGCCUACUCCGGGAAAUGCUCUCAUGAAUUUGAGGUACAGAGAUGAACGAGCGAUCGAACCAAGAGUUAAAGUCAGAACGGGCUUGGAGGGACCUGGACUCACUGUUGCUCAGAAACUUUGGUAUGGUCAAUAUAUCUGGGCCCGUUUACAAUCAUUUUCUGCUUUCCGUAGAUGGGGUGAUUCUGAGCAGACGUCACUGCCACGCCGAGCUUGGAUACUAAUACAACGUAUAGAAGGAAUUUUUAAAGCUGUCUCGUUUGGCAACCUGCUUAUAUUUCUAUACACAAGAAGGUAUCAAAAUCUUAUUGAGAGAGCACUAAAAGCAAGACUUGUCUGGAGUCCUAAUAUGAAUCGAGCUGUUAGCUUUGAGUACAUGAAUCGCCAGUUAGUGUGGAAUGAAUUCUCGGAAAUGUUGUUGCUUCUUCCUCUUAUCAAUUCAUCAUUCAUUAAAAAAUUUCUUCAUCCCUUCUCGAAGGAUAAAUCUUCAAGUUCAGAGGGGGAUGAUACCACAUGCCCCAUCUGCCUAGCGAGUCCAACCAUUCCAUUUCUAGCUCAUUCCUGUCAGCACCGCUAUUGUUAUUACUGCCUUCGAACACGGUGUUCUGCAGCUCCAUCAUUCAGGUGCUCCAGAUGCAAUGAGCCAGUUAUUGCCAUGCAGCGGCAUGGUGGCUUAAUCAACAGUGACACUCAAAAACAAUAAUUCCACAGGGUUGGAAAUGGGAAACUAGAAGGCUGGAGCAAAAUGAAAUCAGUGCCAAGUACGUGUCUUUGGAGGUCGUUGAUGUUGAUUGUUAAAUGAAAUGGUUUGUAUCGAAUCGCCCUAAUAUUACCUCUGGUUUGACUUUAAGCAUGUUAGGGUGCACCUCCAAAGCAUAUGAUUUGAGUAGCUUCUUUCUCUAAUCAAAUAUCCUUCUCGUCUUUCUUUACAGCAAGGAUACUCUCUGUAUCCUGGUAAGGAUACUCUCUAUAUCCUGGUAAGAGAGUAAUGUGGUUAUACCUCCUUGUAAAGAUUGUUAUAUUAUUACAUUAUCAUCAAGUUGGUCUGCAACACCCUCAAUUUUGUAACUUUGCAUGAUAUUGCCGUGCUUUUAAUGAUGUAAUAUGUGUAGCGAAUGAAAUUUUAAUAAUUACGGCUUUCACUCUUGCA